AUGCCUCGCAGACGCCAAAAUCGGAGGGGCAGCCAGCGCCGCCAGCGCAGCCAGCGCAACCAACCUGCGUCCGUACCUCCUCGGCCGGACGAAAACAUCCCGCCUUCCCAGGUCGACAAUCAAGGUUCCAGCCUGGGCCGCCGAUCUCCCAGCCAUCAAUCAAGUGCCGCGAUCGGACCCAACGCCAUACAAGCGGAGGCCGUCUUCGUCAAGACAGACAACCCCACCACAGGUUCGACGAUGGCCGGUCCAGCUGACGCUCCUACACUGACCCCGGCUCCGGCCCUGCAUGGCUUCACAGAGCCUCCCGAAGCUGAAAAACGCUACUAUUUUACCGGUUUGUCAGGCCGCCCCCGUCUCGUUGCUCGAACGAGUCGUACUCCAUAUAUCCACGACCACAUUUGGGAUGGUCCCCGCAAGAGUUUAGCCACCAUCGGCGAGCACACGCUGGUGAAAACAUGGUCCAACGAUAUACGCAGCGCAAUAAUCGCAGCGUUGGAGCAUGCCCACGUCGACUGGGACUAUUUCGUCCCGCUCCGCGUCGGAGAACAGCCCAGGAACAGCCCCGUCGUCCUGUUAGUUGGCCUGCGUGCCAGGACGGACCGCACGUGGCAGGAUGCAUUGCAGGCGGCGCUUCAAUGCCGGGCGAUCAUCCAAGACCAUGGAGUGCUCGAUGUUGAGGUUGAGAUGAUGCAAAGCUACAUUCAACCAAGAGCAUCCGAGGCGUCCCAUAACCUAGCCAGCUCGAUUCAGUGGAAGUACUCGCAAGGUAUUGGCCCGCGGUCCAGAGUGAACCUUUCUCUCGCUGGCAUCAACGCAAUCGUUCAGCCGCUGUUGCCAUACCCAGGUCACGCCAUCGAACAGGAAAACGAGAGAGAGAAAGAUGUGCAGCCGCAAAAGGGCACAAUGGGCCUAUUCUUCCGCUUAGUCGGCCCACCUGCAGAGUUGACUUCCUCCCAACCCCUCGAACCGGUCGUGUAUGGCCUUACGAGCCGACACGUGGCGAUUGGUCACCACCUACUUCCUCACCAAACUGUCAAACCCGAUGCGAAUCUGCCGCCAAUUCAAAUCCUGAGCAGCUGUCCUCAUCGUCUCUCGGACGCAUUCUCUCGCUUCAAUGACCUUCGGAUCCAAAUCAAGCAAGACUGCCGUGAAACCGAACAAGACGUCUCCGAUGACCCAACAAACGAACAUGCCGUCGAGCUGCUUAUGCUGCAACUAGAGGCGCCAAGAUACAUUGCCGACCUACGCGCCACGCUCAGCAACAUGGAUAUGCUCGAUGCCCAGCAGCGUCUCAUUGGCCCGGUGGCCUACUCGCCGUGCCACCACACGGGCAGCCAUGGACAGUGGGUCGAUUGGGCCCUUGUGAGGAUUGCCAAAGCUGGUGUUGAGAACAAGGUGUGUGUUCGCGAUCAACUGGCUUCGGCAAGCUUGGUAACAGUACAAGGCCUCCUGGAAUCCGCCCCUCAGUACAGUCAUGUCGAGUUCCACGAAAUCAAUGUCAAGGAGGGUCCUGACGACAAGGGGUUUCUGCGCCUUCAUGGCCGUGACAUACCUGCGCAGCCGCCAUUUGAUGCGAGUGGAACCGGGCGGACGUCGCACGUCGUGGGCAAGAUGGGGGCCAAGACGGGCCUCACAUUCGGCCUCACCAACGAGAUCGAAGCGGUCCGUCGCGUCCCAUUUGAAACACAGGUCGGUGGGCCUGUUGUUGCGUUCCAAUUGAUCGUGCUGGGCAUCGACGGCGGGGCGUUUUCGAGGCCAGGCGACUCGGGAUCCUGCGUGUUUGACACCACAGGCCGCGUCGUGGGCAUUGUUGAUGCAGGAGUCGGCUCGGCUAGUGCCACUCGCUAUUGGAGGAAGCAUAUGCGUGGCGGCGAUGGCGGCGAUGGCGAUGGGCAGACCAACCUUCCCGACGUCGACGCCGUGCCCGACCAGAGCAGACCACCGACGGGAUUCUCCACAUGGGGCCGGCAGUCGACUGAUGACAGCGCCCCCGAAAUUGACGUCACUUUUGUCACCCCCAUCCAGUGGGUGAUGGAUGACAUUCGGAAGUUGACGGGGAGCGAACCUGAGAUCAUCUAG